AUAAGACAGAAAUCCGGCUACUCCUUUUUUCUCUAUUUGUCUCGGGAAAAGAAAGGGAUAAAGUGUUGCGAUAUAAGAACAUUCCUCCUCAUGAUUUUAUCUCUUUAUUUUCGCGGUGUAUAUAUACAGUGUAAACAUACAUUCCACUCAUAUAUAUUUGCGUUAGUCUCGUCUUAUUUAUAAAUUAUCUGCUCAAUGGAGAGUUGUUCAGAGAAGCGAGUGAUGGUGUUAGCCAUUGAUGAGCAUGAGCAUAGCAACUAUGCCUUGGAGUGGACCCUAGACCAUUUCUUCACCCCUUUUGGUUCAAAUGCUCCUUUUAAUCUUGUAAUUGUCAAUGCCAAACCCUCUCCUCCAGUUGCCGUCAGUAUGGCAGGACCAGGGGCCAUAGGGUCUGAAAUUUUUCCUGCCGUAGAGAUGCAGCUGAAACAGAUUGCUGAUCAAAUUACAGAAAAGGCUAAGCAAGUUUGUGCCAGUAAAUUGGUUCGUGAUGUGCUAGUGGAAGUGGUUGAAGGUGAUGCCAGGAAUGUGCUGUGUGAUGCAGUAGAAAGACACCACGCAUCCGUAUUGGUUUUGGGUAGCCAUGGUUAUGGAGUUAUCAAAAGAGCGGUUCUAGGGAGCGUCAGUGACCAUUGCGCUCAUCAUGCUCAUUGUUCGGUGAUGAUUGUGAAGAAGCCCAAGUUCAAACAUUAAACCGCUCCUUGCCUUCCUAUUAUACAUAAUAAUUAUACCAAUUAUAUAAAUGCAUAUGAAAUUUAUAUUUGAAUUUGAUAAUUUAUAUCCUAUGCUUUGAGAUGAACUUUUGUCAAGUUUAUUCUAGUUUCAUAUUUAUGUAUCGAACAAUAAGUUAUUACUUAUUACAUAUUACUAAGUUGUUAUGA